AACUGUUCAUCUCGUCCUCCUUCCCCGAUGGCGGCCGGCGCGGCCCUGCAGCCAGCGUGGGCGCGCGGCCCCGGCGAGCGCGGCCCGGCGCAGGCACAGCAGCCUCGACGCCGAUCCUCUCUGGCGCGUGGCGCCGACCAUGGCCCAGCCCGACGCGGCUGCGGCGGUCCGGUGGCCUGGCCCCCACGCCUAGCAUGGGGCCCGGCGCGGCUGCCCGGCCACGGCACGGGCGCGUAGGCGACGGCCCCGUCCCUGACGGCGCGCGGGCGCAGCCCCGGUGUGGCGGGCACGGCCUCCAGCGGGCGCGGCCUUAGCCGCGGAGGCGAGCGCGCGGCCUCGGCCCGAUGGCGGGCGCGGCCCCGUGGGCGGCGCGUGGGCGCUAGGCCCCAUGCGCGACGGUGCGGGCGCGAGGCCCCCUACGCGACGGUGUGCGCGCAUGGGCAGGCGGCCCCGACGGGCGUCUCCCCUGUCCAGGCCUCGGCGGCCUCUGCGGUGCGGCCCCACCAUCCUGCGGGCUCGUGGCCACGGCAUGAGUGUGCUGCCACGGCUGGGCGGUCGGGCACCGGCGCGGGCACGACCCCAUCCUGGCACAGGCGCCAUAGCCAUGCCCGCAUGCGCCUUGGCCGUCGUCGCUGUUCACUUGGAUGCAGGCAAGCAAAAGCCUGCAGGUCUCAAGCGCAGGAGUGGCAGAAAUAUUCAUUAAUAAUGAACUUGUAAGUGUGCAGUUCGUACCUUGUAAAAUCAGACUUCUCUGAUUUGUUUAUUUGAACGAAUGCUCUUAUAAAAUUGGUGAAUUUGUCUAAAAGAACACCAAGGAGCACUGCUUGUGCGUGCGGCAAUUGGACAGGGACUUCAUGCAGAAACCGUUUGUUGAUGGCAGCGACCUAUUCUUGUCGAGAACAACAAGUAUUUUCCUUCGCAUCCCUCUGAUUUCUCCGUGAGACAGUGCUGAUAACGUGUUAUAGUAUACUCAGUGGUAAUGAGAUUGAGAGAGAGACAAAUGACCGAACUGUUGUAUUGAUCUCAUGAAGUGUGUACAUAUAUAUAUACAUAGUGAGGAGACACAUCGCACCCCUCGGAAUUAGAUCACAUGAAAGGUUUUCUAACAGCAGCGUCCACCUCGCGCAUGGCGGCGCUUCUCUGUUCCCAUGCGCUGCGAGGUGACACAACAGGAGUCUGGCGACAGCCCUCAGGCAAGAAGGAACGGCUCGCUCUCGCGGCCCGCAUCUCCGAUGCGUGGGAGUCUGGGAGACAAGCGCUGCGACGGUGGAUCCGGCGGCCCACGGGCGUGGGAGACGAAGACGAGCGAUUAUAAACGCCCCUCAAUGACAAGGACUCGUCAUCUGCUCCACUGCCACUGCCCUUAUCAUCAUUCAUCAGCGGCCUGCCUGCACGAGAUACCGAGGGACAGGACAGGGAGAUCCAUGGCCGCGUCAGACCAACCGCCGAGGCCAGAGAAGCCCCCGCUGCCGUGGCGCGCGAGGCUGCUUGUGGGCGCCGCGUCCGCGCUGCACGCCGCCUCGCUCCGCCGCGACGGCACCGUUAACCGCUUCCUGCUCUCCCUCUUCGACCGCGCCGCACCGCCCACCCCGACGGCCCCCCUCGGCGGCGUGGCAUCUACGGACCACGCCGUCUCCGACCACCUGCGCGCCCGCCUUUUCGUCCCGGAGACCCCCGGCGGCGGCAACGAGCUCCCGGUGGUCGUGUACUUCCACGGCGGCGGUUUCGUCUUCCACUCCGCGGCGUCGGCCAUCCCGGCCGUCAUCGCCUCCGUCGACUACCGCCUCGCCCCCGAGCACCGCUUCCCGGCUCCCUACGACGACGGCGAGGCAGCCCUCCGGUGGGCCCUCGCCGGCGCGGCAGGCGCGCUGCCGUAUCCCCCCGACGCCGUCGCGGGCCUCCUCGCCGUGCAGCCUUUCUUCAGCGGCGAGGCGCCGACGGGGUCGGAGAUGCGGCUCCGCGACGCCCCGUUCGGGAGCCCCGAGCGGCUGGCGUGGCUGUGGCGCGCGUUCCUGCCGCCCGGCGCCACGCGGGACCACGAGGCCGCCAACGUGCCCGCCGCGAUCAGGCGCGACGCGGGCGCGGGCGCGGACCGGUGGCGGGCGUUCCCGCCCACGCUGGUGUGCGUCGGCGGGUGGGACGUGCAUCAGGACAGGCAGAGGGCGUACGCGGAUGCGCUCCGCGCCGUGUGCUCCGAGGAGGUCACCGUGGCGGAGUACCCGGACGCCAUCCACGCCUUCUACGUGUUGGACGACCUCGCGGACAGCAAGAAGUUUGUGGGUGACGUCGCGGAGUUCGUGAACCGGCAUGCACAACAGCGGAAGAAACCCGCACUAGACCAUGCCAAGGACUAGUGUUAUCCGCUUGCAAGGAUGACAUAUGGCAAGAGAUCCAUAGGACUGGAUAAGCUUCUUU